GUGUACUGUCGUGACAUUAUGAUGCUUGCGAAAAAGUGAUUGAUUGAUUUCUCUCGUAAUCGAUUCAGUAAUUAGCUGUUAUGCUUGGUGCAAGACGAAGUGCCUACGAUAGUUCAGCUGAUAAGGGAUAAACAGCUCUGUCUUUUGGAGGUCUUAAGGAGCGGCGCAAUCCAACAAGACUUGACACAGUGCUUACUUUGUAAACCUCGGGGGACUUCUGGCUCUAUCAUAAUGGCAGCCAAUCAUGUUUUGACCGUCCGUUCCUUAUACAAGCAAAUCCUCCUUCUCCAUCGGAGGUUACCAUUAGACAUGAAGGCAAUUGGAGAUGAGUAUGUGAAGGCGGAGUUUCGACGACACAAGACGGCGAAAAAGGAGGAGGUUCAAAAGUUCAUGGAUGAAUGGCAGAAUUAUGCCGGGGUUCUCAGAGACCAGCUCCAGCAUGCUGAAACCGGCAAUCCACCCGUCGGACUGGACAUGCCUGAGGAAAGACUAGACAGCCUCAGUCAGGAGCAGGUAGGACAACUGUACGAACUGAGGAAGGAGACGGCCAAACCUAACCCCUUCAUGCCUCCAGAGGGCGCUUCAUGACAUCACGGAUGGACGGAUUGACUUGUGGUCGUGCCCACCAUAUACCAGGUAUGGAUUCUGUGUAUGAACAAUGGAUGGUGCUCCUUUUACCACGCAGGAGAGCUCCAUGAGGGAGCAGGGGAGGGGGCACAUUAAUUGCACAAACGUGUAUGGCGUUGAGGUUGAAUCUUUAACUUUAUCCUGAAAUGGACGGUGCACAAGCAUACAGCAACAGUGUCUUGGAUCCCCGCCCCCAACUCUCUGUUUGUAACGUGUGACUGCAACUUGUGCUAAAGUCCAUAAGAGUGGUGCUCUUGCUUGACUUGGCAUCCGUGGAUGGACCCAGCAUACAAGGCAGAGUGGGCCUGUGACGUGACUCGUGAUGUUAGGAUUUGGAUUUUGUUGGCCCAUCUUGGUUUGAGCCAAAGCCACAUUUGCAAUGGACUUCAGUGCUGUACCCAGGCUGUGGCCUGGAUGCAGAUAAAAGGUGGGUCUCUUUUAUGAAAAAAGGACCUUACUAGUAAAAAUGGACCGAUUUACCAAAAAAAAUACGAUCAGUGAUGCAACUGCUAGAAAUCUAUAAAUGUGCACCAUUUAAACAACUGGCUAGUUAAAGAACGUGUACAUCAACUUUGUUGUGUAAUUUUUUUAGUUUUUAGAUGUUUUGAUUAAAAAUGGACAUCUUAAAAGCAGACAUCUUAAAAGCACCCAUGUCAAAUAUCGGAUAGGUUAUAUUAACCCAAAUCCCCUCUCCCUUCCAACCCAUUGCCUGGCUAUGGGCCACACGCAUGGGGAAGAUUAUAACCAUCAAGAAAGAAUUUCUUUUCAACUAUUUGAGGCUCCGUAGCUCAGAUGGGAAUAAAGAGAUUUUUUUUAUUUCAUCCGGGAAUCUUACCUUGAAACGAAGGCUUUUCAUCAGUACAUGUAUACUGUACAUCAUACCUCAACAAAUUGUCCAUCUUUUAGUUUUAGAAUAUCACAAGACUCAAGGAUUCAGAAUGAUAUUUCAAGUGUUUUUAAUGUAUUCACAAAUGUUUAAAUAAAACUUUAAGACUUUGCCUUAUACAAACCAAUUACCAUAAGACAAUUAAAUAUUCCUAAAUCAUGAUUGCACAUAUUGAGUAUAAAAAAUCUAUCAUUAAAACUAUACAAUCAAAUUUGGAAUUCGUGAAAAUAAACACUCACAUCAAUUGUUUAUGAUAGCAAAA